UCUAUUUUUUGUUGUCAGGUUAAUUAUAAGAUUCAAAUCUAUUUCAAACUAUGUUGUUGGUUUUUGAUUUCUCUCCAGGUAGAGUUCAAUAACAUCCUGAAGGAAGCUGGAAACAAGCUGGUGGUGGUGGACUUCACAGCCACUUGGUGUGGCCCCUGCCAAAGGAUUGCCCCAGUGUAUGAGAAAAUGGCUGCGGCGCCUCAAUAUGACGACGUGAUUUUCCUGAAGGUGGACGUGGAUGCUGCCCAUGAUGUGUCCUCAUCCUGUGGAAUCAGAUCCAUGCCCACGUUCCAGUUUUACAAGAAUGGCCAAAAGCUCCACGAGUUCUCCGGAGCUGAUGAAGCUACACUACUUAAAAAAGUACACGAGCUGAGAUAAGAAGUCCAGU